AUGCUGAUGAAACUUUCCACAUCUUCUAUAACAUGGUGGAGAAUAUCAUGUCUCUCGAGGAGCAGGAAUAGAGGGCAAGGCAGGUGGGAGCACGAGACUUCUAGACCGACGGCAGUGAAGCCGGGUCGAGAAGUCUCAGGAGCCACAGCUAAAGCCGUCGAGCAUCCUUUUCUGAAUAUGAGCCUUCCGAGCACUGCCAGUGGACAUAAUAUACUACGAUUAUUACUACCAUACACUAAGGAAAGUCUAACAGGGAGCGGGGGCACAUCUCGGGAUGAUAUUAUUGUAAUCAACAAGUUUUAUUUGCAAUAA